AGGAAAUGCCUGUGGAAAAUAAAAAUCGCUUCUCAUCUGUUGCAUGCUGGACAUUGCAUCGAACGGGACAAAAACGCACUACGCGAUGCCGCCUAGAACUGUCAAUGAACUCGGGAUUCUUUUUUCCGCGGAAGAACCACAAUCGCAAGCCGCCAGAGGAGUAAAUAAAAAUACACACUGCGCUGACACGUCUUCGCAUUUCGUGCUCUUGUCCUCAAUGGUUGCGGUCAAUUUAAGGUAGAAAAAGUGCCCCCUCGCAAUAAAGUGUACAGUAUCCCGUAUCCGGCCCUUCCCACUGGUCUGGAAGAACAAGUGCCGCUUGGUGAUGAUUAUGUGUCGCUGUGCAGAGGCAGCCAUCGUGAACGAUUGUCGGAGCUGGUAAUUACGCGUACACGGCGGGUGCACGGGGCGUGUGAAUUGGCCCGUUUGUAACACCGGCGGCACCCCCCACCCAACAGCAACUGCUGUGGAACUUCAACCGGCAAUGCACAAAACAACCAGCAUGGGUGCGUGCAGUGCGGUAACAAUUGUUUGGGCGGUGCUCGUCGCUACCCUUGCUGGGCAGUGCCGCGGAGCGGGAGUGCCCUUGUCCAGUCCGGUGAAGCUGAUCGACGAGCCAGCGUGCGCACAGCUGAAAACGCUCUGCCCGAAGAGUGCCUCGACGGCGGAAGACAUUAAAGCGCUGGAGUGCGUCCAGUCGCUGCAUCCGGAGCAGAUCGACAGUCUCGAGCCGGAAUGCCAACAUAUGAUCUGGCUGCAUACGACGGCCCUGAUGGACGAUGCGAACCUGAAGCGCUUGAUACAGAAAGGGUGCCCGAAGGACUUUCAGCAGUUCCCGUGCUCCCAGAGCGAAGAGCCGGGCCAGUACUUGGCCUGCAUCAUCGACCAUCGAAGCGCGGCGAAAGGCAACGGUUGCAUCAACUACAUAAAGCGCCUGGAAUGGGUGGCCUUCUCCGACUACCGGUUCAUUAAGCGGUUCCUUGCGCACUGUACGCGCGACAUUGAAGCGCUGGGCUGUGGCCGGGUGGCCGCUGGCAACGAUCGGGAAAAGAUGUCCCAGGGUGAAACGGUUGCCUGCCUGCAAAGCUCGCUGGACAACCUGAACGAGGAGUGCAAACGGGAAGUGCUCCAUCUGUCCGAAGUUCAGUCGGAAGACAUUACGCUCGAUCGGCAGCUGGAUGUGGCGUGCGUGAACGAUGCCUUCCGCUUCUGCCAGUCACUCGCACCGGGAUCGCCCCAGCUGCUCAAGUGUCUCAUGAAGCACCGGAACGAUCCGGACAUGACGAAAAACUGCCAGCAGCAGCUCCUGCGCCGCGAUCGGCUCGUGGUACACGACUACAAAGUGUCACGCGGACUUACGCGCGCGUGUAAGGAAGACAUCAAGACGUACCGGUGCAGGCGGGGCGUGUCCGACGAUAAGGAUGUGCGGCUGGCGCAGAUCCUGCUCUGCCUCGAGGCGGUACAGAAGAACAGCACCAAGCUGAUGCCGGAGUGCGUGGCCGAAAUCAACGACCACCGGAAGAUGCUGCUGAACGACUACAAACUAUCGCCCGAGAUAUUGACCGGGUGUGAGAAUGACAUUGAAAAGUUUUGCAGCAACCUGGACGCGGGAGGAAAAACCAUCCACUGUCUGAUGGAGCACGCCCGGUUGAAGAAGAAAAAGGACAGGCGUGUCACGGACAUGUGUCUGCGGGCGCUGGAAACGCUGGUGAAGAUUACGGACGUGGGGGAAGAUUGGCGCGUUGAUCCCGUGCUGCGAAAGGCUUGCAAGCCGGUGGUGGACGUUGCCUGUUCCGACACGGAUGGAGGCGAUGCCAGGGUAAUGUCCUGCUUGAUGGAAAAACUGGGCACCAACUACAUGAACGUGGAGUGCGAAUCGGCACUGCUGCAGAUACAGUACUUUGUGGCACGGGACUUUAAGCUAGAUCCGCAGCUUUAUCGCAACUGCAAGGACGACGCGAUCCGGUUUUGUAAAGCGAAAAAGACCUGGGCCGAUCUCGACACGGCACAGAUGGAUCCGGAACGUGGUCCGCUCAUACUGCCCUGUCUGCACCGGUACGCGUACCCGGAGAAGGAAGAGAUGCGCUUGAAGCCGGAAUGCCUGCAAGAGGUGAAGCGCGUCAUGCGUCAGCGGGCAAAGUCCGUCGAUCUCAUACCGGAGGUGGAGGACGAGUGUUUGGACGAUUUGGCCUACUUUUGCUUCGACAAAACGGCCAAAGGCGAGGAGAUGCAGUGCCUGCAGGACAAUCUCGAGAAGCUGCAGGAGGCGUGCAAAGCGGCCGUUUCGCGGUACACCGAAGAGGAAGCCGCUCACGUCGAGCUGAACCCCAUCAUCAUGUCCGUGUGUGGCGAUGCGAUGGAGAAGCAUUGUGCGAACGUGCUGAAAACCGGGCGCGACGAGGGCGACAUGAUGGAGUGUCUGAUCGGGGCGAAGAAUCUGCCGGACAUGCGCGAAGACGUCAAGUGCCGGGCGGCGAUCGAACACUUUCAGAUCAUCUCGCUCAAAAGCUUCCACUUUACGUACAAGUUCAAGGAGGCGUGCCGGCUGCACGUGUCCCGCUUUUGCAGCAAAUGCACCACCAAGUACGAGGUGGUGGCCUGCCUGAGCGAGGUGAUGCGCAACGAUACGAUCAAGGAGGCGAAACAUUCCAUCCCGAAGGAGUGCCGGCAGCAGGUGCGCGCCCAGCUGUACCAGCAGCGCGAGAACAUCGACUUCGAUCCGAAGCUGAAGGCCGCCUGCAAGGAGGACAUUGCACGCCACUGUCCACAGAUACCGCACGGUUCGGGACAGGUGAAUACGAACAAUGUGCUGGAGUGCUUGCAAACCCAUCACGGCGAUCUGACGGAAGCGUGCCAUCAUCAGAUAUUUUCCAUCAAAAAGUCGGAACUCACGGACAGUGCCACGGACUACACGCUGCUCAACACCUGCAAGGACAUGAUUCGCCAGUACUGCCACGAUACGGAACCCUCCAAGAUGCUCCACUGUCUGAAGCUGCACAAGGACGAAACACUGUUCGACGAUCGCUGCCAUCUGGUGGUGGUGAAUCGGAUGAUCGAGCAGAAUCUAGACUAUCGGUUUAAUCCGGCGUUGCAGACGGCGUGCUCGAAGAACAUUGCCGAAUACUGUACGCCCAUCAUACGCAACGCCAAGCAGAACGAGGAGCUGAACGGGAAGGUGAUCGAUUGUUUGAAGAUUCGGUUCCGCGAGGGUAAACUGCUGCCGGAGUGUGAAAAGCAGAUGACGGAGGUGCUGCACGAACGGGCGCUGAACUAUAAGCUUAACCCGCUGCUGCAGAGCGUAUGCCACGAUGAGAUACAGGUGCUGUGCAGUGCCGUUUCCGAGACGGACACGAACGAAGACCAUGGAGCAGUCGAGGAGUGUCUGAAGCAGGCGUUCAUCGACAAGAAGUUGAUUAACCGGGCGUGCAAGGUGGAGGUCGCUGAGCUGAUUCAGGAGGGCAAGGCGGACAUUUAUGCCGAUCCGUUGCUGCAGCGGGCUUGCUCGGUAGACUUGCUGAAAUACUGCUCCCACAUACAAAGCGGCAAUGGACGCUUACUUAAAUGUUUGGAAGGAAUUCUGCAAGGAGAGAGCAAAGCAUUGGAGGAUGAUUGCAAGAACAAGCUGUUGACCCGCUUGGAAAUGUUCCAGAAUGCUGCUGCGGUAAGUAGUGCGGAGGUGGCCUUGGUAGGCCUUUUCAAACUAAAUCGGUUUCCGCUUCCUUCCUCCAUUCCCAGUUUGUUCCACCGGCGGAAAACCUCCAUCAGCUGUACAACCAGGUGGUUGCGUCGCCCUCCAAGCACUACUUUUUGCUCGUGUUGUUCAGCUUCAUCGGCAUCAUCUUCAUCUUUGGGCUGCUGUGUGGACGCGUGACGCACCGUACGAUGGCCCUGAAGAACAAGUAGUCACGCGGCGGGCGUGAGGCGAUGCUUUAGUUUCCAUUUCAAACGAAUGACUGUGUUAUAACUUAUGUGUUAAAAGCGAGCAAAACCCAUCGUCCUGUAGGGCAAAAGCAAGAAAACUCCCUCCGUCUUUACGCUGGUGCAAUACGAGUCGCUUAUAUUUCUUCUUCUGGUCCAGGCUUCCUCAAGGCCCCGAGCACUGUGCAGCUAAUCGAAAAGUAGGAAUGUAUUGCAAAAGGAACGAUUAUUAUCGGUGAAGAUCCACGGUCCCGAACGGAGCAGUGUUGAAUUUAUGGUGUUGUAAGCAGGCAUCUUUGAGGAGACGAUUUCUACAGAACGGACAGCACCGACGCGGGCCACCAUCGCAGCAGGCUAGAUGUAUUAUAUUAGUUAGCAUACUUGUAGAACCCGAAGAAAUGUCAUAUGAAGCGACAGGAUUGUGAAACGGCAGCAGCUCCAAAACUGGGACGCGAUUUUGCAGGAGAAAUCAAACAAGAAACAGCCCGAUGGUAAGUGCACAUUGGAAGACACAUAUAUAGCGUUAGAGAAAUCGUAUCAGAUAGCACGUUGUGUAGAAAAAGACUUUUUUAUACCUUAUACUUACACCGCCGGUGGAAAGUAAAACGAACAAGAGCGCUGUUUCGGAGAGAAAAGGCGGUCAAGUUCUUCAAAAAACAAGUAAGCACAUACACACAAACAGCGAUUUGUACAUGCAUUCGGAUGUGUUAAUAAAAUAGUCAAACCAGGCGUACAACACUAAA